CCUCUCUCUUCCUUCUGCUGCUGAAAACAUGUGAGAAUGCGACGACGUCAACGAUACUGCAAGGGGAGACGGUGACAGCUGGAAGAAAAAAGAGAUCUUUCCUUCUAUUAUUUUAUUUAGACUUGUUCAGACAUUCUUCACUCCAACAAAAUUUCGAAAUUCAGACGCGGGGAGUCGCAUUGAAAGCUACGGGUUGACCGCCAGACAACAACACAUCCUAGGACGAACCACUCUUGCCCCGAACAACUUCCCCAAAUGCUAUUCGAUCAGACCACAAAUUUUAUGUCAUUGUCAACUCAAUUAUAAUAACCUUUCCUCCAAUUUCUGUGUCGAUUCCUCUACUGGUCGGCGUUUGCGACAACCAUGGAGCAGGAUCACAUGCUCCGAGAAGAGCCUCCCUCCUACACACAAUCUCACGACCCUCAGUCUCUAAAUUUUCCUUCUGUACCCACCGCAGAUCCACCACCUGUUCAUCAUGCACGUACUUUGCCGCCGUUACCGCCUGCUCCAGCAGAACCACGAUACCGACAAGAAGAGCAUCCGUUUGUCUGGCCGUCCUCGAAUCCCCUAACUGCAUACUACCAACCUGGUCCCUCUGCUCUGUCGCCCAAGACUGGGUCGUCGCAUGGUAUGGACUCGCCCAAGACCAUGGAUAUGGAUACGCCAGAUAGUCGGGGAAGGCGUGGUGGGAGUGUUUUAUCCAUUGACGAUCCUGACGUGCGGCUUGCAGCUGAAGCGCUGGGGGAUCUCCGUGCUGAUUUUAUCCAAUCUCCUCCUCAGCGUCAUCAACCUUUACCUGCUUCUUCUCCGAAUUACCAGUCUGGAAAUAAUCAGCAACCUGAACCCUUACUGUCCCUUCUCACGACUUCACAUCCUCUGAUAGGUACUGCGAUUGGUGGUUCUCUGUCAGCAUAUUCGGCGUCGAAGAACUUCAGUCCACGAUUUAAGUCUGGUGCGGAAUAUGUCGAGAGAAGGUUCACACCCGUGGUGAACACCGUCGGGUCUGUUGGGCGCAUGACUGGUGUGGAAGGAGGAGUACGCUGGUUCUUAGGAGGACGAAGACCGAGUCACCACCAGCCAUCAGAUUUGGAGAAUAACGAAGGUUCAAACAAGAGGCGCAAAGUCGAUAACGAUGAUACGGACACGGAUCGCAAUGUCUCCCAUGACCCAUACCCUGUCCAUCGACAGGAAUUGCAACAUCGGCAGCGAAGACCAAGUCAAGCGUCGACUGUGGAAAGUCUUCCAGCAUAUGAUGAGCACCGAAGUCCGAAUUACGAAGCGACGCAGCAGGCGUUGAUACCAACUCAGACUCAAGAAGAACCUACAAGCCCUGGUAGCUCAUGGCAAUCGCGCCUUGUACUAUCAACCAGUGGCCUAAGUGUUGCGAUGAGUGAAGAGUCGCUUCGAAGUUUAAAGUACUGUUUGAGCUGGUUACGUUGGGCCAAUGAACAUAUUGGAAAAGUGAUCCUUGCCCUUAAAAGUGUGCUAGAGCAAUAUGAUCGAGACGGUAGAGUCGAAGGCACGAUCGAAGGAUCAGGAAAAGAAGGCCAACUGGUACUAAGAAGCGAAGCCGACAGAUCGGCGCUCAAUGCAAAGAUCACAGAUCUGAAGAAAGAUGUCUUGAAGACUUUGAAGGAAGUCGUAGACAUCGUAUCAAAAUAUGCGGGUGGCGCAUUACCUGAGAAUGCGCGUAUAUUGGUGCGUCGACACUUGACGAGUCUUCCUCAACGGUUCAGACUUGCGAGUUCGAGAAAUGGAGAUGCGUCGAAGAAUGGUGAAACGGAUGUGACGGAAGGUGCUAACAGGGUCCUUGUUCUUGCAAAAGAGGGUUUGGACAUGAUGGCUCAGGUCUCGGGUGUUUUGGAUGGAACGAUCGUUAGUGCGGAAGAAUGGUGUGAGAGAUUAGGACGAUCGAAGAGAGGAGAACCGGAAGGGGAAAGUAAUGAUGAGACGCCGAUGGAGAAGCCUCCGUUGGAACUACCGCCCAUGAACGGGUACGCGAAUGGGAAUCCUGAUGUCAAGAUGACUUGAUGGAUUGUUACCUUGUAUGAGAGCGUUUCUUUUGUAGUAUCUAUCGGGGAAAACGGUGCAGGCUUGCGAAAGCUGGAGUACGGGCUGGGAAGGAUAUCAUGAGUCUGUCUUUGUUCUAUACCACGUCCUAUUUUUGCGCGGGAGUCGAGGCUUUGAAAACUUCAAAAUUAUUGUUACAACGAUAUACAUUUUCGACUAGCAUAUUUACUAUGCCCAGGCUCUUUCAUAUGACCUAAAGAAUUCAUCUAUAUCUAUACUGUCAACCACUAGCUCGUUCUUGCUGAUUGGCAACAAUUCAAAUGUUGAUAGUGCUAUAUACUUCAGUAAAUCUUCUCGUCGAUCUGAAAGACAUAAGGGCAAGCAAGCGUUUCAUC